AUGAACAAAAACGGAACAGCUAAAAUGAAUGAUAAUCAAAUUAGAGCAGAAGGUAGAAGGUUAUUUAAACGCUUCUAUAACAUUCCUGAUGGUGUUAAUCCUAAAACUCGUAGAAGCUAUUUAAAUGAAGCAAUAGAUGCAUAUGAAGGGUUUGACAUUUCAUCAGAAAGUGAGAGAUUAGCGAGAAUGUUAAAUGUUAAUAUUGAUUUCUAUUAUUGUGAUCCUCAACCAGAAGACGUGGACAUAAAUAAGGUAGACUUUCCAUUAGUGGAAUCAAUAAUGAUAGAUCCAGAAUUUGAAACAGUAAAUAUUUUAUUAACACAGAGUCCAUGUGGAAAACUUCACGCUGACAGAAUAACAGACGUUGAAGCACUCACCGGCUAUAAAGUUUGUCCAUAUUGUAAAGAAGAAGUUUAUUCUAUCCGUGAUGAUCCAGAAAGGAAAAACCAAAGAAGAUUUUUAAAGCAUUGUGAGAAAUGUAAAGAAAAUAAUGGAAGAUUAAUUCAAGACGUUCAAUUGCAAAAGACACAGCAACCAUAUGCACCACAUAUUACGAAACAGAAGAUAUAUCAGUGGUUAUUAGCUCACAAUUUGCAGAAUAUUAUAAACCGACAAGAUAUUAUAUUACUUUUGACUUUGAAACAUUAG